CGCGGAGGGGCGGAGAGUGACACACUGUUCCCCAGCCCUGGCGGGCGGGCAGCAUGGUUCGCUCCAGCAUGGGGGCCCCAGAAAUAAGAAUGUCUAAACCCCUGGAGGCCGAGAAGCAAAGCCUGGACUCCCCGUCAGAGCACACAGACGCGGAAAGAAAUGGACCCGACGUCAACCAUCAGAACCCGCAGAAUAAGGUUUCCCCGUUCUCUGUGUCCCCGACUGGCCCCAGCACCAAGGUGGGCAUUCUCUCUGGCCUCCACUUAACAUUCUGGGGUCCCGGACCCUGCCUCUCUCCUCCCCAGAUCAAGGCUGAAGACCCCAGCGGCGACUCAGCCCCCGCAGCACCCCCGACCCCCCAGCCGGCUCAGCCUCAUCUGCCCCAGGCCCAACUCAUGUUGACGGGCAGCCAGCUCGCUGGGCUCACAGCGCUGAUGCCUGCCCAGCAGCAGCUUCUCCUGCAGCAAGCGCAGGCCCAGCUGCUGGCCGCCGCGGUCCAGCAGUCCAGCGCCGCUGCCAACGCCGCUGCCGCCGCCGCCGCCGCCUCCUCCGCCUCCUCCGCCUCCGCCUCCUCCGCCUCCGCCUCGCAGACCCCAGCCUCCUCUGGGGGAGGCGACCUGCCGCCAUCACAGCCUGCCAGCCAGCCCCCAACGACCCCACAGCUCACCUUGUCCCAACCCAUCCAGCUCACAGCACAGGACAUUCAGCAGCUCCUCCAGCUGCAGCAGCUGGUGCUGGUCCCCGGCCACCACCUCCAGCCGCCCGCUCAGUUCCUGCUGCCGCAGGCCCAGCAGGGCCAGCCAGGCCUGCUCCCGACGCCAAAUCUAUUCCAGCUACCUCAGCAAACCCAGGGAGCGAUCCUGACCCCCCAGCCUCGGACGGGACUCCCCACACAGGCUGUGACUCGCCCCACGCUGUCCGACCCGCACCUCUCACACCCGCAGCCCCCAAAAUGCUUGGAGCCGCCAUCCCACCCGGAGGAGCCCAGCGACCUGGAGGAGCUGGAGCAGUUCGCUCGCACCUUCAAGCAACGCCGCAUCAAGCUGGGCUUCACGCAGGGCGACGUGGGCCUGGCCAUGGGCAAGCUCUAUGGCAAUGACUUCAGCCAGACCACCAUCUCCCGCUUCGAGGCCCUCAACCUGAGCUUCAAGAACAUGUGCAAACUGAAGCCCCUGCUGGAGAAGUGGCUCAACGACGCCGAGACUAUGUCCGUGGACUCAAGCCUACCCAGCCCAAACCAGCUGAGCAGCCCCAGCCUGGGGUUCGACGGGCUGCCGGGCCGGAGGCGCAAGAAGAGGACCAGCAUCGAGACCAAUGUCCGUUUCGCCUUAGAGAAGAGUUUCCUAGCGAACCAGAAGCCUACCUCAGAGGAGAUCCUGCUGAUCGCCGAGCAGCUGCACAUGGAGAAGGAAGUGAUUCGCGUGUGGUUCUGCAACCGGCGCCAGAAGGAGAAGCGCAUCAACCCCUGCAGCGCGCCGCCCAUGCUGCCCAGCCCCGGGAAGCCGGCCAGCUACAGCCCUCACCUGGUCACACCCCAAGGGCCCCCAGGGACCUUACCACUGUCCCAAGCUUCUAGCAGUCUGAGCACAACAGUUACUACCUUAUCCUCAGCUGUGGGGACGCUCCACCCCAGCCGGACAGCAGGAGGGGGUGGGGGCGGGGGCGGAGCUGCGCCCCCUCUCAACUCCAUCCCCUCUGUCACCCCCCCGCCCCCGGCCACCACCAACAGCACAAACCCGAGCCCUCAAGGCGGCCACUCGGCUCUGGGCUUGUCGGGCCUGAGCCCCAGCACCGGAAGCACAAUUGUGGGGUUGAGCUCGGGGCUGAGUCCAGCCCUCAUGAGCAACAACCCUUUGGCCACCAUCCAAGCCCUGGCCUCUGGUGGAACACUGCCCCUUACCAGCCUUGACGGCAGCGGGAGCCUGGUGCUGGGGGCGGCCGGUGCGGCCCCGGGGAGCCCUGGCCUGGUGACCUCGCCUCUCUUCCUGAACCACGCCGGGCUGCCCCUGCUCAGCGCCCCGCCAGGCGUGGGCCUGGUGUCGGCGGCGGCCGCGGCCGUGGCAGCCUCCAUCUCCAGCAAGUCUCCUGGCCUGUCCUCAUCCUCUUCAUCCUCGGCGUCCUCCACUUGCAGUGAAGUGGCAGCACAGACCCCUGGAGGCCCGGGGGGGCCCGAGGCAGGGGCCAAGGCUGAGUGAGAGCCCACCAGGCCUCCCCUCCCACUCCGCUGACGACCCCACCCCACCUUGCUCUCCAGCUCAGGAGAGGGCGAGGAGGCUGGUGGGAGACACAGUGGAUCUUCGGAGCAGGAGUGACAAAGGAGGAAGACCAAAAAUCCAACCAAAAAGAAAAAAAGAAAGAAACCAACCAACACAAAAGGAAACCAAAAAUAUUCACAACAGAAACCAGCUUCCCUAAAGGAACCACAGAUGAAAAACAAGUGAACAAAAACCAAACACCCCCAAGCCAACCCCACCCCCAAGUCAAACAAACCAAAAACCAGUCUCGAGCCAGAUCUUGGAGUGCUCACUGCUAAGACACCAAAUAAGAACCCUCAGCCAGGAACGGAGCAGCCUCCGGCAGGCCGGACCUCAUGCCGCGGAGCCCGCCCUGGCUGUGGGGCCAACUCCCAACCCCACCCCCCUGGGGGUGGGCAGAGAACGGACCAGAGAAUGUGCCAGCCUGCUGGCCUAGCCUCAGCCCUGGGCCAGCGGAGACAGGGCAUUGCCUGGGGCAGGAGCCACCUGCCAAAUGGUCUUUUCCAGAAGGUAAAGAGGGAAAGGACCGGAACAACCUUACACCAAAUAUUCAGUAGCUUCAUCCAAAGGAUGUACAGAAUUUUUAGCGUUGCGCUCAACAGAAUGUGUGUCCCUUCCAUGUGUCCCCUCUCCCCUGCCCCCAGCUCUCCCUGACAGGGCAGGGGUCUCGCUUUAACCCACCCCACCCCUGGCCUGGGGAGAGUUCAGAGGAAGGCCUGGGAACGGGCUUUUUUUGUUCCCUGUUCCUCCCCUUUCCCUUGAAGGGUGGGCUAGGCCAUUUUUGCCAAGUUCCAGCUCCCAAAAGGUCCUCCCCACCCCACCCCCCUUUUGAUGUUCUGGAGUGUGUCUCCUCCCCAGGCUAUGGGAAGGUGGUCACCUCAAGCAGAGGGGGGUGAAGGGAGGGCAUCCAAGUUGUCUUUCCAUCCUGUCCGUCAGUUUCCCUGAAAAGAAAAUCAUAUUCCAGUGCCUAUCCGUGGGAUCUCACGCCCUCUAACAUUAACCAGAAACCAAAAAGAUUAACUUGCCUCUGUCCGCCCGCCCUGCGCCCCUCUGACGCUGGCAGAUGCCUCUCCCUCCCCACCCUUCAGUGCACACACCCAGUGGUCGGCUCCUCCGGAUGGCAUCUCCCUCAGGGUCCACACGGUGGUGACUUGGCCGUGACCUGUGUUUGCCCAUGCAAGCGGGCACCAUGGCAGCCACCGCUCCCAUGAGUCUUGGCUGGACCCUGUAUUUGCCUAGCCCUGGACACAUCUCACAGUGGACAGAGGAGACGCUGCGGGGAGCCACCUUUGCCGUCCUGCUAUCAUGGAGGCCAACAAAGUUUUGAACCAAAACAAAAAAACAAAAACAAAAAAACAAAAAAAAACCCACAAAAAAACAAAAACAGAAAACCAAACAAACAAUAAAUUAAACUAGAAAAAAGAA